CUCUCAGUGCUUGCAGCUGACUCGUGCCUCUGGCAGACAUGAAUUGGCUCGGCCUCCUCGUCCUGCUGACCGUGGCUGGGCUGGCACAGAGCCAGUACACCUGCGGAGGGAGCUGUGGGUACCGACCCGUGGCUUAUUCCUACGGCAAUGUGGCUUAUGACUACGGCAUGACACGCAUCGUGGGUGGUGCUGGUUCCGCAGUAGCAGAAUGGCCCUGGCUCGUCAGCAUCCAGCACCCAUGGGUACCAGGCACAAAACAUUGGUGUGGAGGUUCCCUCAUCACUGGAGAUUGGGUCCUCACAGCAGCCCACUGCUUCGAUAAAUUUGAUAACUUCAGCCUGCUGUAUGUGGUGAUUGGGGCCACCAACUUGUAUCAGCUAGGCCCUGGGGCACAAGUGCGCAGUGUCAAGAAGGUGGUGAUGCACCGCGACUACAAGCGUAAAGACAUGAGCUAUGACAUUGCGCUGAUUCAAUUGGAACGUCCUGUCCUGUGCAGUGCCUACGUCCAGCUGGCCUGUCUGGCUGAACCCACCCUAAGAGUCUCAGAGCUGAGAAACUGCUGGGUUGCUGGCUGGGGGGCCACUACUGCAAGAAGUGUAGAUCAACCUGCUCACCUUCAGCAGGCCAAGGUCCAGCUCAUCGAUCUCCAGCUCUGCAACAGCAGUGACUGGUACCCAGGAGGAGUCUAUUCCUACAACUUGUGUGCUGGUUACCCAGAGGGCACCAUUGAUUCCUGCAAGGGUGACAGUGGUGGUCCUCUCAUGUGCCAGGACAACAACGCUGCCUACUGGUGGGUCAUUGGAAUCACCAGCUGGGGAAAAGGCUGUGCCAGACCAAAGCAGCCUGGAGUCUACACCUCCGUUCAGCACUUCUAUAACUGGAUUGAUUACAAUAUGCAGCUAAACGCAGUUAAAAGUGCUCCUUGAGCAGCAGAAGCAGGCAGGAUCCAGGGCAGGCUGCAGGGCACCACAACCAUUUCCUGCUGGGGCAAUGCCCGCUGAUGCAAAGGCAGCCUCGGGGUCAAAACCCUGCUCUGUCCUGACCACACUCCUCUCCUUUGUGCGCACACACACACACU